AUGGCAAACCGAGAUCAGCAAAUCGAGUUAUGGUUAUUGGAGGAAGAUGAGGACAUUUUAGAGGGUACUCCAUGUUCUGAUGACGAAGAGUCGGAUCACCUAGAAGUCCAGGGCGAAAAUACGGACUCAGAAGAAGAUGGUGACCAUGAUUUAGGUGAAUUUGAGUUGAACCAAACAUUUGCUAGUUCCGCAAGCCCCGCACAUGUUUUCACGGAUGAGGACGAGGUACCACUUUCAAAUUUAUUUUACCAAGGUGUUGACAAUACUAGAUGGCUGAAGGAACAAGUUCGUGCUCGACGUUUGAUGCGCCAACACAACAUCGUACGUGUACAAUCAGGUCCUCGAGAAAUAGCGAAAACGAAGGCUACUUCUCUAGAUUGUUUGUCUCUCUUUCUUGAUGAUGAAAUUGUAGCUAUGAUAACGGAUUCCACAAAUAAACGUAUACUAAUUGAGCAAAAUAAAUAUUCAAGGGAUAGAGAUGCGAAAAUAACUGAUGAGUUAGAAAUAAAAGGACUAAUGGGCAUUUUAUAUCUCUGUGGGAGUGUAAAAUCUGGAAGGGAAAAUAUCUUGCAGUUGUUUGACGCUAAGAAAGGGACCGGGAUGGAAGCUGUUUAUCUUACAAUGAAUGUACAAAGGCACUGGGUAUUCCAACAAGAUUCGGCGCCAGCUCAUAGAGCGAAGAGCUCACAAGACUGGCUGGCGGCGCGUUAA